CUUCGAAGGAAAGAAGCGAUGAAAAGAGAGGUGGCGUGUUUGUCUGGGAACCGACUUGUUGCCUCAUGCUUACGAGAGCAUGAUCAAUGCCAUCUCUGCGGGGUGCCUUAGUUGAUGCAAGGACCAUCCCGAAGUCGAUCGGACCUUGCUUCACACCAAUCACUGACAUCAUGACCAAGUUGGUCUUGCAGGGCUGUCUGUCACCGCGGGAAUCCGGCGAGCUUGUGGCCAAAAAUGCCCAAAAUAUUGUCAUUGAUCAUGAUGGCGUGAAGAAGUGCGCGGAAUUUCUCGCUGAUCGAUUGAAGCAAGGUGGGCUUCGUAUGGAGGAUCUCUUCAAGAAGACGGAAAUUCACCCCCAAUCUGCCGAUGAAGCCGGAGCUAAAUGGGUGUUCUUUGCGGAUGUUCUAAAUUUUUCGUUCUGGCAUCAAGAAGAUCAACCUCAAUAUGCAAUUACUUACAAGGGUAAUCGCUACACGGGAUAUCUGAGUCUCUGUGCCGCCAUCAAUCGUACUCUAGAUCAAGGGAUUCCAUUGACGGAUCCAGAUUUCUUUGGAACAAUAACGGAGGAUCAACUUGACGGGUACCUGAAAGGAGAUCAAGGCGUGUCGUGUCCCUUGAUUCCUGAUCGAGUCCGAUGUCUUCAAGAGGCAUCUAACAUACUCAAGAGCAAAUAUGAGAACUCGGUUAAGAACCUAAUCCUGUCUGCCAAGGGAUCGGCUCAGAGCCUUUUGACCAAAUUGACGUCCGAUUUUGAAUGCUUUAAUGACAGCGCUGAGUUCGAUGCUGACCGCCGAGUGUCCUUCUUCAAACGGGCUCAGAUUUUCAUCUCUGAUUUGUGGUGCUUGUUUGAAGGUCAAGAUCUGGGAAAGUUUGAAGACAUCGAUAGUUUAACCAUGUUUGCGGAUUACCGAGUGCCUCAGAGUUUACAGUACUUCGGUGCAUUCAAAUAUUCGGAGGCUUUGUUGGAUCAAUUGAACACUAACGAAGAGUUGGCCUUUGGACACCCUUUUGAGAUGGAAAUUCGUGGUUGUUCCAUUAAGGCCGUGGACGUGAUUGUAGAAGAAGUGCGGAAGAAGCAAUUAGAUCCCACCAUAAGAGUGAAUGCCAUAUUGGUGGAUUAUUUCCUUUGGGGAUUCCGUCGAGAGAAGGCAAAAGAGAUGGAAAAAUUCCCGUAUCAUAAGACCAGAUCAAUUUAUUAUUAAGAACCUCGGAUUGGAACAAGUUUUGAGAGAGGUGCCUCUCGACCAUAAAUGAAUAAAUCAAACAUUGUGGGAUGUUUUAAAGUUG